GCAGAGGAAGGUGAACGGUCGUGAGACUUGUGUAAAAUUUAAUUUAUAUUUUCGCACUUUCACUUUAUCGGCAAACAAUAUCGUGUUAUACAAUAUUUUCAAUUUAUUGAGAUUACUAUCGAAAGUGUUAAUGUGUUUAUCUGGAUACAUGAAUUAGGCAGUGCUGUUUUUCGCAAGCUGGUUUUUUGUGCAAAUUAGGAAUCGUAAUAAAUCGGCCUGAACUAUUGGAAAUUCAUCUACGAUUUAUUUAAUAAGAUGGAUGCCGUAAGAUACAACACCCACCUUGGCUUCUUGUAACCACUAUGGGCCACUUUCAUCGUCCGCCAUCUUUAAACAAAUCUCAGGGCUAAACGGUCUGCUUCGAAUGCGUUGAUGGGCGGGGCGCCAGGCGGUCGGGCGGCCAGAGCCCUGCGUCUGCUGCUCCUGUUGGUGCUAGCCCUGGCCGCUGUCGAGUAUCUCUUCGGCACCAUCCUCGACGCGUCUCCACUUCGCACCUAUAUCUACACACCGAUAUACAACGCUACACAGAUCAAUACCAGAACCAGCGACAAGGUUUUGCACCCCUGGCACAAACUACCGGCAGCUCUACAAAACACAACACAAAACAAAACCUCAUAUCACAACUCUUCGCAUCAUUACCUAAACAUAACUCGUAGGAACGAGACGGAAUACUCAACUACCCCACUUUUGCUCACCAAAAUAAUGGAGGGUAUUAAGAGUUUUGUAACGACUGAGGGCGGUGUGAAGUUCAAUGAACCAUUGCCGCUUUGUGAUGAAAUGCCGCCAGAUUUAGGUCCAACAUUUGUAAACAAGACUGAGGUGGAACUGGACUGGGUGGAGCAGAAAUAUCCUGAAGUUCACCGAGGUGGUCGAUAUUCACCACCCAACUGCACCGCUAGGCAUAAGGUGGCCAUCAUAGUGCCAUACAGAGAUCGACCGCAGCACUUGGCUAUAUUUCUCAGACAUAUGCAUCCGUUUCUGAUGAAACAACAAAUAGAAUAUGGAAUAUUCAUAGUAGAACAAGAAGGAAACAGUGAGUUUAACCGUGCCAAGCUCAUGAAUGUGGGCUUCGCAGAGAGUCAGAAACAGAAGGCCGGUGGCUGGCAGUGUUUUAUCUUCCAUGACAUUGAUCUUCUGCCUCUAGACUCCAGAAACCUCUACUCUUGUCCGAAGCAGCCUCGGCAUAUGUCUGCUUCCAUAGACAAGCUCAAUUUCAAGUUACCUUACGAGGACAUUUUUGGUGGAGUGUCGGCCAUGACUUUAGAGCAGUUUACGAAAGUCAACGGCUUCUCAAACAAGUACUGGGGCUGGGGUGGCGAAGAUGAUGAUAUGUUUUAUAGGAUUAAGAAGAGUAACUACCACAUAGCGAGGUACAAGAUGUCAAUAGCUCGCUACGCGAUGUUAGAUCAUAAGAAGUGUCCGCCGAACCCUAAAAGAAAAAUAUAUCGUAUAAGAGACAAAACUAACAUAAUUAAUUCCGUUCUGGUUUUUCCUUUUUUAUAUAAUGUUAAAAAACCCUGUACGAUAAUUGACACUGAUAUGAAGUUGAAUGCGGAGACACCCUUAAAAAUAAAAUAAAAAACCCACAGAUUAAAUCCUACAGUAAAAAAAACAUACCGACGAAUUGAGAACCUCCUCCUUUUUUGAAGUCGGUUAAAAAGAACAUUUCAUAUUAAAUGUUUCCGUUAAUCUUGAGAACCCCUGACUUAUUUAUUCUAUCAGUAAACUAAGGUCAUCGCCCUGAUUUUUUUGCCGCCUUCCGCCCGCCGCCCGCUUUGCAGGGCACAUGAAUGAAAUGGAUGUGUGGGCGGGGAAAAAUAAAAAUGGCCGCAGGCAGAGAAGUCCAAACUUUUAUAAUUGGGUAGGUUGAUAAUCUUUUUUGUUUUACUUUUUUUAAAUGUGCUUAUUUCCUAAAAAUCAAUAUUUAUUUAUUCUCACUACUUGAUACAUGCUCAAGAUAUAGUACACGAUUUUUGUGUGUGCGUUAUAUUUAAGGAAAGCUGCCUAAAUUUACAUGUCUUUGAAAUUUCAAAGGAUUCCAUUAUUUUACAAUUUUAAUAAUUUGAGUUUUAUUGUAACCUGUUUAUAUUUCUUAACUAAUGUUAUUAAAAUGUUUUUAAAAGGUGUUUUUUUCGAACAUAAUUUUGGGUAAUAAUAUAAUUAGUGAAUUCCGACAAAAAUAAAUAAACAAGUAAAAUGAAUAAUAUGCUGCUUAUCAUGUAUUGUAGAAGACUUUGUCAAAAUAGGCUUUUAAUUUAUUUCCGGUUAAUUAAGGUACCGAAAUUUAACAAUUUAAAGUAAUUAAAUAGAAAUACCAAAAUUUAUGGACAUUGUUAACAUGCCAAAAAUAUAUGAAUUAUCUAGUUGUCAACAAGUUUUUAUGGAAAAUGCGUCAUUCAGACGGUUGACUAAGUGGUAAAAGAGAUGGGCGUAUUCUUGGAGGUGUGGGUUCGAUUCCCACCUCGUCCGUCAUUUUAGGCAUGUAAAUUAAAUUUGUAUGUUUAAUCCCAGAAAUGGGAGUAAUGUAUGUUUCAGUUGCAACUAUUCCACAUGUUAGAUUAUGUUUUAUAUUAGUCGCCAAAUAUAUACAUCGCACGCGCAGUCCUCAGAAUACAGAUCAAACCAGAAUGAGUUUUCAAUCACAUUUCUACGCACAUUGUGUCCUAAAUAAUUCCCCGCCCGCGCCUCACCUCCCCGCGUAGUGCUAACAACGCUCCAUACAUUACCGCUUUUAGGGGUUAUUAAAUAAAUUCAAUCUUUGAAUUAAAUUUAUUUAAAAUGUGUUACUAACACGUUAUAAAUUAUUUUUUAUGUAGUUACGAUAUUAAUAACUUUUUUAAUUUAAAUGCAAUUUGACAUUGAUUUUAAUUUUAUUUUAUUAGAUAUCAUUUUAACUGCACUUAGCACGGACGAGUAAGACUCCGUGUCACCUUACAUAAAAGUGAGGCUCCAUAACAAGUCGGUAAAUUUGCAAAUACACAAGCCGAUUGGCCGCCAUUAUGAGAUUUUCCAUCGUCUGUGUCAGAUCAGUUUGCGUCGCAAUAAAAUAUUUUAAAAAUGCCGUCGUGCGUUGUGAAAAAGUGUCAAAACAAUAAUAUAAUAGUAUUUGUGGAUAUAUGAUUAUCUAAGGGAGAAAAAAUUGUGUAACUGGUAUACCCCGUAACCUCACACACACUACCUUAUACCUAUAAAGCUGCUUCACUUGGUAAUAUCACGGCGCGGAGUCCUUCUUUUUUUACUAGUCCGUCUGCACUUAGAUAUGUUUUUCCUUGUUAAUUUUAGCUUGAUUUAAUUAAUAAUAAUACUAGAAUAAAUGCCUUUUUUAUUUACUUAUAUUUAUUUAUAUUUCUUACACAUCAAAUGUAAUCCCUUUCGACUUAUGCAUGCCUGGUUCCAUUUGUGCAACUAUUAGUACACUACGGCGUUAUUAAUUAGAAACUAUCAAAUGCUAGUUGUAAUCAAAUUAUUAAAUAUUAGUUGUUGCUACCUUUAGAGCGCGUUUCUGACCUUGUCCUGCAUUCUGAGGCUCGGUCAUAUAUCGAUUGUGCAUUUCUUGAGGAAGAAGGGGGCCUUCAUACUGUCGAUUAUCAGAGCGAUACAUUAGUUUUUUCGGGGCAACAAAGCAAAGAUCAGCAAUGUAUAAUUCAGUAAUUUUACAAUUUUAGAAUAUCGUGGAUGUUGAUAAAAUAGACAUCAUAACCGAAUGAAUUAUUUAGUUCAUGGCUCAUCAUUUUCAUGAUUUCAUUAGGAGUUGCCACAACAAUUACAAUAUAUUUUAGGUAUAUCCUUAAAUAAUCAUGUUUUGUAUGUAUAUAUAUUAAAAUGAUAGAUAACAUUCUAUUGUGCUUUACAUUUUGUAUGUUUAGUGAAAUGCAUUAUUAAAAUUUUCUAUCAUCUGUUUUGAUUUGAAUCGUAAAUUACUUGACAAUAAAUAAUCAUAAGUUUACUGUUGAACUAUACUCCUUAUGAGAUUGCAUCGUAAAAUAUAAAAUAUCGGCCUAAAAUACUCUUGAAAAAUUCUUAAUUAUAGAAGUAUAACGGCUCGCUAGGAAUGUUCUAAUAAAGUUUAAUAUCGUAGAACCAUAGAGUUAGACCAAUAAUUACAUUUACGUGCAAAUAUUAAUCAAGAUUUUUAAUUUCUCCCAAUCAAAGUCGCUUAAAUAUAGUUUUUAAACGGAAUAAUUCUUAUGAUAAAUUCUACAUUAAAUGAUUCGUUGUAAGCAAUUUACGUCCAUAAUUUAAUCAAAUUUGGCGAUAUUUCGCAUAAACCUAUCUCGCACAGAUGCAAUGGCUGUCGUACUCAUCGAUUGUAAUUCUUUUGAAGUGAGCGAGAUGCAUUAUAUUUACUCGUACGCGGGAGUGACAGGGACAGGUAAUAAAAGGUUAACGUACGAAAUUCCUCCUGGUUCGCGUCCGGACAUUAUUAGAACAUUGCCUUGCACACAGUCCGCAAGUGUAGUCAAUAAUACGACCACCGUAAUAAUUGUAUACUAUUGUGUCUAUUGUGAUCAUGUACUUAUGUGUAAAUAGCUAUAAUAGAAUAAUAAUCAUAUUCCAUAACUUGUGCUUAUUAAGUUUAAGUUAAGCUUUUGUGAUUCAGUGAGAUUAUUUUUAUGUGUACAUAACGGUUUGUUUGUUAGCUAAGUAUGAAUUCAUUAGACGAUGUAGUACUUCUGCAAUCAAUGGUAUUAGUGCAGAAAUUUAAAAUUUUAUACUGAUUGGCCUAAUUUUAAUUAUUAAAUAAUAGAAAAGAUCGAAAUGGAUAAAAAUUUGGAUAUGUACCUGCAAUGAUCCGGGAAGGAGUCGCUCGAUAUUAAAUAGUCUGAAAAUACAACCGCAGCUUGAUAUAGCAGUAUUUCUAACUGUAAAUGAAGCUCGUCUGAGACAGCUCUGCACUGUAUCUAUAUCAGUUGAAAAGUAUUUGUGCAUCUGUUUAUACUGAUGUUAUUGUAGUUUGAAAGAUUUUGAUGCCUGUGUUACAUUAUACAGUCCAUAUUCAUAGCCUCUUGGUGAAAUGAAUUCAAGUGUAAUACAAUUUGGCCUUCUCAUAUCUUACUAAAGCAUUUCUUAACUUUACACAAAGUAACAAUUCAAAUAACGGUGUGUGCUUAAAGACCACUCAACACAAGUGAAAACUUCAUAAUAUAUUUCUAAAAUAAUAACAUUUACAGUAUGUAUCAUUAUAAUUGGUAAAUUUUGCUCUCAACUUGACUCGCACGGGCAUUAGAAAGCCGAGUGAUAGCUCAAUGGCGUUACAUACCCACAGAAUACAGAGUUAGGUGCGCCUAAGGACCUUUUCUAUUCAUAAAUAUAUAUUUUCUAUUAUUCUACCAUCUCUUUGGUCGCAGCAGCAUCGGCAACGACACACACAAAACCACCUGUGGCUAAACAAACUGUAAAAAGUCCACGAGCUGUACCAAUUUCUACAUAAAUAAUUCUGUUCUCGUUUUCCGUGCUGUCUACUUCUUUAUCAUUGUCCCUAACCUAGAUUUUUACAGUUCUGCUAAAAGUCCAACUUCUAAUAAUUGGUACCUAAAUAAUGUAAAACUUCAUGAGAAACUGACAACGGCUGUUCGAACAAACCUUGUACAGUUGCUCAAAUUUUAUCUAAAUUCUUAUUUUUCAUUAAUCAUUAUAUUGGCGCCUGCAGAAUUACAAAUAAUACUUUGUAAUAAUACAGUAAACCACAUUACAAGCUCAUAUUUCUCGAGUAUUAAUAAAUGUAUUCAAACUCAACCUCCUUUAAGAAUUUUGCUAUAAAUUGUUACUCGCUGUGUGGUGUCGUGAUCUGAUUUAUGUCAUGAUUUCCGCGGUAUUUUCUGCUUAACUGCUGCAAAAUUUACUCACGGAAUAAAAUUCUGAAUAUUAUCUUUGCCAAACCGGUUUGUAUUGGAAACAUUAUUUUCCUUAAAUACAUUUGGAAAUCUAAUUAUGAUUAAAUAUUUUUGAAAAUGGAUAUUCUUUUAGAGGUCGACUUUAUUAUUUACAUUAAAGAUUGUAAAUGUAACUGUUCUACAAUAUAGUGUCUCUUUUGUUAGCACUCUAACGGCCGUUUCUAAUAUUCAGUCUAUCUCUUACUUGAGAUAAAAAUCGUUACUUUCGUUGACUUUUCUAUCCCAAUAAAUUUAUCGACGGUAACUCACCUUAUCCGUACACGCUGUCUAUCAAUGGAACGACGUAUAGCUUACCAGCGAUAGAAGUUUGUAUGGAAAUUGCAAUUCACGCUUUCCUGAUAUAAGGCGAUAAGAAUGACUUAUCGGGUAUAUUGGGAUAGCUUCAGAUUAUUGACAGCUAAUUACUGACAUUAGAAGGUAGUAAUUUAUCUCUAUCUGUAAAUGGUAUAUUGAGAACGGCCGUGAGAAUAAUCUUAAUCUUAGAUAAUUUAUACAUCAAGAUUGAGCCUCUAGCUAGACAACCGGUGAAAACAGGCCAGCUUUAUUACUUUACGUGACAAGCUACGUCAUACACUCGCGAUUUGUAUAUCACUUUGUGUUAGUAUGCGUGCAUUGCUCGGAAUAGAGGUUAACUGUCAACCUCAAUGUUUUUCGACGUUCUCACAGCUAUCACUGUCUAUCAAGACGUAUAAAUGAUCUAAGAUAUUCAUGUACUUAUUCUGUGUGGCCAAUAUAGUGAUUUUGACAAUAUUAUUGAAAAAUUGUAACUAUCCUCUAUGAGCCCAUAAAUUCUACAAAUCAGAAUUGCUCUUGAAAUUUUCAUUUAAUGUUAAUUAGAGCGAAAUUCGUGUAAUUUUGUGUAUGACUAUUUAGCCCAAUAUGUGUUGAUACAUAGCUUAGACGAUAUGUUUAAAAAUAAAGUCCGAAUUCGUUUAAAAACUUUAAAAUAUUAUGAGUAGGUACAUGUUUAAUAAUUCCGAUAUGCAAUACUGACUUGAAUAGUAAACAUUCCCACAUAACUUUACUACACAAGAAAUAUAAUUACUUAUGGCUAUAAUUUCUUUUGGAUUAUGAAAACAAGAUUUAGUUUUAAUUUAAGUAGGCAUUUUAGAAAUCAUUUUUUAUCACUUAUUUGCAACGAUAUUUUGUUUUAUAUUAAUUCUAGAUUGUUCGUUCGCACGCAUUUAUAAUAUUUACGCAAGCCGGUUUCUAAAAAUACGAGGUGAUUCGUGCAUUCAAGUGUAUAUUAUUAUUAUAAUUGGCUUAACAAUUAUCUACUCAUUUACCUACAUACAGAUCUUAGAAGUUACGGCCACUGGUAAAGUCGUGUCUCAAAUAAUUUGUUAUUAAUCUGCGUAAUGUAUUUGAAAACUUUGAGCUUAGAUCGUUGCAUACUACUGUCUAACUUCAGAAUAAUAUACUUAUUUUAAUCUGCAGUAGAAUUGGACGUAAUUCCAGAACACAAUCAUGUCGAAAUUGAGUUAAGAACACAAAACUGGUCAUGUGAUUCAUAUUAACGGACUGACAAUAAAUGGCAGCCCUACUGUCACUCUUUAAUAAUGAUAUUACUUAGUAGCCCAACCCACAUGUAUGGAAUACACUAAUAUUUAUUAAAUUUUAAACACGAAUUCCUUAAAAUAUGAUGUUUGUGGCUUGGAACGUUUUUCAGGAACUACGUCCAAUUGGAAUAAUGUAUUUUAACCCCCUUAUUCAUAUUAGUCUGCUAACUAAAAGCAUUGCUAAUUCUCACUCUGUCUUCUUCUAUAGACCUAAGUCAGAAUGAGAAAAAACAGUCCCUAAGUGGCUGUUUAAAGUUAGCGGACCAUUAUGAAUAAGGGGGUAAAUGUUUAUGAUAGUGUGUGAAAAUGUUCCUUUACAUAACUAACUUUAAUUUAAUUUAGUGCGAUGAACUAUGUUAUAAAUAUGUCAUAAAAAAGUCACAGUGUUAAUUUAGAUGUUGAAAAUAUAUUGUAACAUGUUUCUUUUUUUAAUAUAUUGUUUGUUUCGGAGA